AUGGCAGGCACAGAGGCGCAAAAGACCCUCAGGCAGGAGCUCAAGGAGUGGGAGCGCGCGUUUGCGGACGCGAAUGGCGGCAGGAAGCCGACGCGGGAGGAGAUCAAGAGGGAUAAAGUGAUUGCUGCAAAAUACACCGAAUACUACAAGAUCCAGCCCUCCUCCAAAGCGCCAAAAUCAAAGUCCUCACAAUCCGCAGACCCCAAACCCCGCGACCCCAAACCCCACACCUCCAGAUUCACCACCACAACCCCCACCGCAAUCCCCUACGACCCCACCAACCCCUUCGCCUCAGGCCCCUCCCCCAGCAGCAGCAGUGUAAAGUCCACAACCACAAUCCCCUCCCGCCCCACAACCUCCACCUCCGUCUCCACAACCUCCAUCUUCCGCACGCCCUCAAAGCCCUCACAGCUCCACAGGGACCUCUACGACUCCCCGCUCUCAACCCGCGGCCGCCGCCUCUUCGGAAACCGCAUCCGCGACUCCGUCGGCCCCACGCCGCAAAAGACCGGAAAGGUCCUCGGCAUCUUCGAGUCCUUUGGCGCCGCCGUUGACGACGCCGACACCGACGCCGCCGCUGCCACCCCAUCACACAAGCGCGUACUGCGCCCCUCACCCAGAAAGACCACCACCACUACCGCCGCUGCCGUGGCUUCACCGGCGCUCUCGACGCCGCGCAAGCGCAAGGCGGGGGAGAUGGGGACCCCGAGGACGCCCGGGACGACGCAGAAGACACCCGGCACGCAGCGCGAUGUGUUUUCGACGCCGGCGUUCCUGCGGCGCUCGUUCAUUGGGUCGUUGGAAGAGAGCCCGGCGGUGGUGGAGCCGCGCAGGCGGCGGCCGCUGGUGAAGGGGCUGAGCGAGAUGGUGAAGGAGCUGCGGAGGUGGGAGGAUGAUGCGCAUCGUGAUGAUGAGGAGGCGAUGCGGGAGAUGGAGCGCGAGAUGGAGGGUGCAGAGGCGGAGGCGCUGCCGGUGAAGAAGAGGGUGCUGGAGGAGGUGGAGGUGCCGGUGGAGGUGGAGGUGGAGGAGAAUGAUCCGGAGACGGGGCUGCCGCCGUUGCCGGAGGGGGCGUGGAGGGAGGAGCGGCGCGUGGAGGAGGAGGAGAGCGGGGAGGAGAAGGAGGAUAAGGGGCGGAAGUGGAAGAAGAAGGGGCUGAAGAGGCAGCAUAGGCGUGUUAUCAUGCGCCCCACCGCCAAAACCACAACAACAACAACAGGCGAAACCGACGACGCCCCGCCGCCGCCCCCCAACCCAGAAGACGCAGAGCUGCCCGGCGCGGGCUAUUCAGACGAGGACCUGUCGGAUCUGGACAACCUGCCCGACGAGCCGGUGCGGAAGGCGGUUGCUGUGCCUGUACCUGUGGAGCGGAAGGGGAGGAAGAUCUCGGAGGCGGCGCAUGCGAAUUAUCGCAGGGUCAAUAUUCGGGGCAGUAAGGGCGCGAAGGCGGUGAAUGGGCGGGCGGGGAGGUUUAAGGGGAAGAGGCGGUAG